AUGGACCCUUUAGUGAACAACUCCUCCAUUUGGACAACUGUCCAUCCAAACAACAUUGUCACCAACACUGGCCCCAACAUUGGCAACGCUAUGGGCGGGCUCAUUCUGGGCCUCGUCUUUCUCUUGGGCUUCCCCGGCAACGUCUUCAUCAUCUGGAGCAUCCUGGCGCGCUCCCGGAGGCACUCCGUCACCACCCUCCUCAUCCUCAACCUAGCCAUCGCCGACGGCUCCCUGAUGGCUCUCACCCCGUUCUUCAUCACCUACCUGGCGAUGAAUAAGUGGGUGUUUGGGAAUGUGAUGUGUAAGAUCCUCUUCUACCUUUGUUUGGUCAACAUGUACGCAUCCAUCCAGCUCAUCAUGCUCAUGAGCAUCUACAGGCUGGUGGCGGUGCUGUGGCCUCAGCGCGUCGGCAUCAUCACUGGCCGCAAGACUGUGAUGCGCGGGCUGGCGGUGGUGUGGGUGCUGGUGAUGGUCGCCUCCAUUCCAGCUAUGAUCUUCAGAAAGCAGGACAAGCCUACGUCUAAGUGCGAAUCUGUCCAUGAGAAACGCGACGAUGUGGUUCUCCAGUACACGCUGGAGCUUGUGUUUGGCUUCUUAAUCCCAUACGUUGUCAUUGUAGUCAGCUACAUCUGCAUCUUACGGCGGCUCCGACAGACCAAGUUCCGCCGUCGCAUUCGUAGCGAGAAGCUCAUCCUGGCCAUCGUGUUGACCUUCUGCCUCUUCUGGUUGCCCUACCACGUCAUCAACAUGGUGCAAGUUACAUGGGCUUUGUAUCCACCUGGUGCAGUUAAAAACAAACUGGAAUUAAUAUGGCAAAAGACCCGAGCUGUCACCUCUGCCAUAGCCUUCAUCAGCAGCUGCGCCAACCCAGUGCUCUACUUCUUCGCAGGAAAGUCAUACAUCCGGCGAGAAGGGAUUGCGUUCAUGGCCCGCUUGUUUGAGGGCACAGGGCUGGACUCGGCCUCCAGGAAGAGCCGACAGAACAGCCAGAACAGCCGUGACAAAGACAAAGAGGCGGAUGCCGUCAUGCUAAAGGACAAAGAGCAAGACUCUGUUACCAACUCAAACUCUAAUACCAAACCAGUGAAGAAUGGUAACUAG